AUGUCCAAGACAGCAUUGAUUAUUGCAUCGGACGGGAGCGAGGAUAUCGAACUCACUGUCGUUAGUGAUGUUCUACGUCGUGCCAAUGUUGAGGUGGGUUUUUUCAUUGUUUUUUAUUGGUUUAGAUUCAUAAGUAUUGAGUUUGGGGCAAAAAGAUCGAAAGAUAGGUAUAAAAAACCUAUUUUUUGUUUUGGCCAUAACUUUUUUAAAACGAUGGGUGGACUUUGAUGAUUAUGUGGAUUCGUUAGCCAAAAGUAUAUUCUAAAACGUUGUAAAAGUUUAAGGUUCUGCUUUUUCCCAAAAAAAGUUAUGACCAAAACUGACUGAAAUUGUGGUCAUGGAUAACAUAAUAUAUUUUUUGUUAUAUUUAUAUUCGAUACCUAUAAAUUUAUUAUCAUAAAGUGAUUAUCUAAUGUCAAAUUUUCUAAAAAUUAAAAUUAGGUAACAAUCGCUUCCCUUCAAAACUCCAAAUCAAUUGAAUUGGCUAGAAAAGUCAAUAUUAAUGUAGACAAGCUGCUAAACGAAGUGAAGGACACUGAAUUUGAUGCAGUAAUCUUGCCUGGAGGUCAGCCUGGAAGUAACAACUUGGCAGCGGUACGUUUCACCUUGAUUAUAUUGUUAUUCGUUUAGGAUUCGACGGUUGGAGAGGUUUUGAGGCGUCAUGAGGCCGCUGGCAAGAUUGUCGCGGCCAUUUGUGCUGCUCCAAUCGCCUUGAAAGCACAUGGAAUUGCUAAAGGGGGUGUAUUGACGUCGUACCCAGGUGUUGCUGAUCAAAUUAAGGAAGGAGGUAAGAGGAAAAAUAUUUUUUUUGUGAAAAAGUCAGGUGUUUAGCCAAAAAAUUGUUGUUACAGACCAGAAUUUUAACGUUUUACCUUGGAUAACUAACAUCUUAAUGCUGUAAGGUAGAGAAAUGAUAUUAAAAUGUAAAAUACGUUCUUCUUUGCUAGAUGUUGGAAGAAACUUUGCGAAAAAUCAUGAAUAAUAUAGCUCCAACUCACUUUUUGAUACCCAUUUUUUCUUCAGGUUACACAUACUCAGAAGAACGUGUAGUCAUAUACAAAUCCGUGGUCACCAGCCGCGGUCCAGGCACAGCCUUUGACUUUGCCUUCAAAAUCGUUGAACUUUUGGCCGGCGAUGAAGUGGUUCAGAAGCUCAAAAGUGCCAUGUUACUGUGA